GGGGAGGGGCCGGACAGCGUCACAGUGAGUGGACUCAGGCUGUGAUCAGUGCAUCCCAGCAUGCACAGGGACGGCAGCUCCCAGGACGGAUGAUCUGAUCAGCAGCGACCACGACCCAGGGAUGCACCUGCAACAGAUGGCAGUGUGAGAAGACAACGAAUGGCUUCCACAGGGAGUGGCAUCCGACUCCAGGGGGACGAUAACCUCCAGUCCAUGCUGGUGGGGACAGUGAUGAGGAAAAUCAAGUCACGGACCUGGAAGAAGCAGCGCUACUUCAAACUGCAGGACGACUGCAUGACCAUCUGGUACAAGUCCAAAAAAGCUGGCAAUGCCCACUCCACAUUUUCAGUCGGUGAUGUGGAGGCUGUGCGGGAGGGCCAUCAGUCGGAGGUGCUGCUCAGUAUCGCAGAUGAGUUCCCCGCAGACCGAUGCUUCACACUGGUCUUCCGUGGUCGCCGGGGCAACCUGGACCUGGUGGCCGAGUCGGCCGAGGAGGCUCAGUCGUGGAUCAGAGGCAUGAGGAAGCUGAUUGAAAACCUGGAAAACAUGGGCGAGAGGGAGAGACUCGACCAAUGGAUUAGUGACUGGUUCAAGAAGGCCGACAAGAACAAUGACGGACGAAUGAACUUCAAGGAAGUGCGAGACCUGCUGAAGAUGAUGAAUGUGGACAUGAACGAGCACCACGCUCACCGACUCUUUACAAUGGCAGAUAAGUCCCAGUCUGGAACUCUGGAGGAUGAUGAAUUCGUGCUCUUCUAUAAGAUGCUCACCCAACGUGAGGAUGUGCUGAGGGUUUUCCAGGAGUACUCGGCCGACGGACAGAAGCUGUCCCUCCGUGACCUGGAGGACUUUCUGAGAGAGGAGCAGCUGGAGGGGGGGGACAUCCAGCAGCAAGCCAAGCAGCUCAUAGAGCGCCACGAGCCCUCUGACGCAGCCAAGCAGCUGAAUGCCAUGACCUUCGACGGCUUCUUGAUGUACCUGGGCUCAGCUGAGGGCUCCAUCUUCAACCCACAGCAGCGUGGCAUCUUCCAGGACAUGAGCCAGCCGCUGUGCCAUUACUUCAUCUCCUCCUCCCACAACACCUAUCUGAUGGAGGACCAGCUCCGAGGACACAGCAGCGUGGAGGGAUAUAUCAGGGCUCUGAAUCGUGGCUGUCGAUGUGUGGAAGUGGACUGCUGGGACGGUGCCAACGGAGAGCCCAUCGUCUAUCACGGACACACAUUCACCUCCAAGAUCCUCUUCAAGGACGUGGUCAAUGCAGUCAGCAACUACGCCUUCAAGGUAUCAGAAUAUCCAGUCAUCCUGUCCAUAGAGAACCACUGCAGUGUUGAGCAACAGAGAGUCAUGGCCCAUCACCUCAACCACAUCCUCGGUGACAAGCUGCUGAAAAGCACCCUGGACGGAAAGGCCCCCAUCGGGCUGCCGUCCCCUGAGGAUCUUAAGGGUAAAAUUCUGCUGAAAGCUAAGAAAAUCGGCGGACUGGAGGAGAGUUUUGGUGGGAUGGUGGAGGACACGCUAACCGUGGAGGUCAGCGAUGAAGAGGAGGUGGCGGAAAUCGACGAAGACAAUCUUCACCGCGAGAGCCUCCGUCGCAGAGUAAAGAAGUCAAAGCAGCGUCUGUCCAAGGAGCUGUCAGACUGCGUUGUUUACUGCAAGAGCGUUCACUUCAACAGCUUCAAACAUUCCCGCAUCCACUCCAAGUUCUACGAGGUGGCGUCUUUCACAGAAUCCAAAGCCCGUAAACACAUGAGAGAGGCCGGGGCGGAGUUUGUGCACCAUAAUGCGCGUCAGCUGACCAGGGUUUAUCCCAGCGGCUUCAGAACUGACUCCUCCAAUUUCAAUCCUCAGGAAAUGUGGAAUGCCGGGUGCCAAAUUGUUGCGUUGAACUUCCAGACGGCAGGUGAAGGCAUGGACCUGAACGACGGCCUGUUCAGUGUGAACUCCUGCUGUGGGUACGUUCUAAAGCCCAGCUUCAUGAGAGACCCAGAGAAGAGGUUCGACCCAGACACACCCCAGAAAAGGGACGGGUACCGACCCCUGGUUCUGACCAUACAGGUGAUCAGUGGACAACAGCUGCCCAAAGUCAACAUCAAAGAAGGAUCCAUCGUGGAUCCUCUGGUCCGAGUGGAGAUCCACGGAGUCCCCAUGGACCAGGCCAAGCAGGAGACCAGAUACAUAGAGAACAACGGAUUCAACCCUGUGUGGUACGACACGCUGCGCUUCAGCGUCCACACUCCUGAACUGGCCAUGGUGCGCUUUGUGGUGGAAGAUUACGACAAAACCUCCAAGAAUGACUUUGUGGGCCAGUAUACUCUGCCCAUGAGCUGCAUGCAGCAAGGUUAUCGUCACAUUCACCUCCUGUCUAAAGAUGGAACCAGUAUCCCCCCCUCCUCCUUGUUUGUCCACAUUAGGAUCUCGCCGCUGGAGUAAACAUCCGUCUCCGUUUUCCUAAAUCAACAGGUAUCGGGUUUUGCAUCCUUCACCGAAAUUAACGAACAAAUUUAGAACUCUAGAAAUAGUAUUUGACGUUUAUUUGAAGUGAAUUAACGCUACGCCAAAUCUUUAGUGGUCGAUAAACAGGUUCAUAAGGACGUGCAUGUUUGUAUUUGUGUUUGUUCGCUGUAGUGCGUGUGCAUCGCCUUCGUCUUUCGUGUUAGCGCGUCUGUAGGACAAA